UGCCGCCCUCGCGCCGUCUGCCUACUACAUUCACCAAACGACGGUUAUUCUACAGAUAAAACACUUGCUAUAUUUACACCGACUGCUUCAAGCCCUUUAACAGCGUACAUAACCUCGACAUACACCUCCACCGAGCUGGCCACUGCGACUACCCGCCCCCUCUCCCACCACACGCCGCGCUGCGCCUCGAUGCCAUGACGUGAACCUAAGCACACAGAUCAUGAACGACGACGACUCCAUAUAAUACAUCAAUAAGUUGCUGUCAGAAAAGUCCCGCUCGUCUGCUCUUUCAUCCUCCAGCAAACGAAGCCGGCCGCGCGGUCAUGGCCUCCAGCCAAGGCAAUGCCUCCAGAGGAGUCCCUCUGCCACAUAUCGAUGAUCUGGUUGGGUUUCCGCAAGACAUCGAUAAGAAACAGUCUAUAAAACGGUUGCUGGAACAAGCCGAGACGGCACUUCACCAGUCUGAAGCAAGUCGCGAGUUCAACCGCCCGGCAACUGCCUUUAAAGCUUACAUCAAAGCCUACAUUAUUGUUGCGCAGGUAAUCAAAGACCACCGUGACUACACGACCUUGACCAGGGAUGGAUCGAGUCUAGGAAAGGCACAUAGUGCGCUACUUAAAAGAAUAUCACAACAGAGUGACAUCUACGAGCAGAUCAAACGCGACAUUAUUGCCGAUAACCGUCGAACCGGAGUAUUGCCAGCUUCGGGGAGCAAAACCAGCGAACGAUCUAAUACAAACGGCCAUGUCUCACACCAAAGAAGCGAGAGCACAGGCAAAGCGAAACCUGCUGUACAACCCAAGCCGCAGUCAUUGCAGGGAAACGCACUCUCUAAACAUGGGCGGUCCGCUUCGUCGUCCGUCGUGAACGAAGAUCUUGCCGCCAGGUUUGCCAACCUGCGUGGUCCUCAAGCAUCAACUGGACAAGAUCCACGGAUAAAAACGCAUAGUCUUCAGCCACUGAAACCUGCUGGCCCAAGAGAAAUGCCGACAGCGUCUAAGCCUGCCUCUGACAAUGCGCCGGGUUUACCAAAAAUGCCCGAUGCUAUUUAUACACCCACCAGAGUGAACUCGUUUGGAGAGGCACCUAGAGCCCCCGCCCCCGCUACUGGGAGAGCGCCCAUGGUUCGCCAUGGGUCGUCAGCGUCGGUAUCUAGUGCUGUUAAUACUCCAUAUGGCUCCGAAGGGGCCGAUUACCUAGCCUCAAAACGUAGCCCAACGCUACCCUCUGGACAGACACCGUCACUCAAUGGAUCUGUACAGUCAGAACCACCUAAACGACCGAUGAAGAUACCAAUUCACGAUUCUAUCACGCCGGACGAAUUAGUUGAUUUUAUGAAGCAGAAAGGAUCACUGCUGAUCAUCGAUCUUCGAACACGUGAGGAUUUUAAUGAAGGCCACAUCAUGUCGUCCUCUGUCAUAUGCAUCGAGCCAAAUAUUCUACUCAGAGAAGACUUAUCCGCAGACGAUAUAUCAGAAAGUCUUGUGCUUUCCCCGGCGCCAGAGCAAGCUCUCUUCGAUCGCCGCAACCAGUACGACUUGGUCGUUUUCUACGAUCAAGACUCUUAUUCUAUCCCACAAUCUCCCCGCAGCUCCGAUGAUCUGGUUAUUGUGUCACUACACCGUGCGCUUGUACAUCUCAGCUAUGGCCGGGAGCUGAAAACACAGCCCAAGAUUCUCAAAGGCGGCUUGGAUGCUUGGGUUGACUUGGUGGGAACUGCCGCGCUUCAAGUAUCUUCGUCGCCCAACGAACGUAGCAACAAGCUCAACGGCCAGCGACAGGCACCUUUCCAACGACGGCAAUCGAAAUAUCUGGCCCGCCCACUGCGUCCUGAAGAAGCCAAGGUGUGGAAAGAGGCGCUCCAGCAGAAUGAGGAGAUGAAUGCACAGUCACCAACCCUGCAUCGCUCUACGGAAUCUUUCCUGAGACGAUACCCUCCAGUUCUUGCGGAGCGAGAGUCAAUGUCUUCUAGUAGUUCAUCUGUGGGCAGCAGACCGAAAUAUGGCACAUCCCACAAACAUGAUCUAACAAGUGAUAUGCCGUCACCACCAGCCAGACCUGCGCCAGCCGUCCCGAGAACCCAUAGCAGCCUGUCUCGAACAACCAGCCAUACUGAUGAAUAUGAAGCGAGUCAACCGGAAGUAUCCCAACGCCUAGAAGUUGCCAAAUACCACACUGGCCUCAACAAUCCCCAUAACUGGUGCUAUGCAAACAGCACGCUGCAGUCACUGCUGGCAUCUCCAGAUUUUGGAACUGAUCUUGCUAACUCGACAUGGAAAUCACAAUACAAGGCGCCGAGAAAACCCAAUGAGCCAGCAGAGCACCCUCAAAUCAUGGUCAACUUUAUUUCCAACUUUUUCCAUUGGAUGCGCUCUGGCAAAUUCCCUGUCAUGAAGGCCCAGUUUCUAAUGGGCUACUCCCAGGAUGUUUGCAAACGAAACCACUCCAGUGCCCAGUUUGGUGGAACUCAGCAACAAGAUGCCCAAGAGUUCAUGUCCUUUGUCAUGGAGCAUAUCCACGACGAAACAAACUCGAGGCGCGACCAUCAGGGCAACCCAGCACAGCCCAAGACCUCGCAGCCUCUUAUUAUGGCAGCAGCCGAAUACUGGCGCAACCACCUCCAGUAUAACCAGUCCAUUAUUGACCGAUACUGGCGCGGGCUUGAGCUUUCCACGGUGGACUGCUCACAGUGCCACACCAAAACGUACACGUAUUCACCGUUUGAAUGGAUCCCGGCACCUGUCAAUACGAGCCGCGUCCAUACGUUGGAGCAAGCCCUCCAGCAGCACAUAGCAAACAAUACUCUUGAUGACUUCUCCUGCGACAAAUGCCGCUGCAAGACUAAGGCCACACAGUCGAUUUCUUUUGCUCGUCUCCCGCCUCUCCUCUGCGUUUGCUUCCGCCGCUUCAACUACAACCAGUCCACGGGCGAUAUUCGCAAAUCGACGGCACCCAUUACGUGGGACUUUAACGAUUUUGAUUUCUCGCCGUACUUCCUUGACGGCGGUGUCUCCUCUGCGCCGCCACCCUCACCAGGUGCAUCCCCCAACCCGUUUGAAGGCCCCUUCAAGUACGAAUGCUAUGCUGUCAUUGUACACGCCGGUAGCCGCACCGACAACGGCCACUAUUUUGCCUACGUGCGCGAUUCAAGUACACACGAUCCAUAUGCAUGGCUCAAAUGCGACGACAGCCGCGUUACAAAGUGCCGAAUUGGUAGCGGCGACCGCGAUGACGUCCAAGGCGAAGUCUUUAAGUCUGGUCAAGACCGAGUGCCAUAUCUGGUCUUCUUUAGGCGCAAAGGCGGCAGUAGCAGCGGUGCCCCUUGAUGGUAUAUCCUUUAAACAAAUAUGACAUUUCCCAUUAGCAUGCCUUGCGUACUCCGUUCUUCAUCUUUGCAUCAUAGAAACGAUAAGCGGCAUUUUGCUAGGAGUUUGAUUCUGAGCUUUCAUGACAAAAUUGGUUAGCUGUUUAUAGCGCGAGCCGUAUUUAUACGAAUUUGCAUUCCAAUUUCUUGUACAUUUCUUUGCCUCGUAGCAGAUGGGACAUAUGUAUGUAUCAUAAAAGUGUUUGUUUUGCGCUAAUGUACGCUUUACGGAAAUAAAUUACAAAAAGAGAUGCAACAUAAAGAGAUAGAGCAGACAGACACCGCGGAUGGUACAACAUCGCAGUUGAAUAAAAACAAAGUCCAGCAUCCGUGAUAAAAUCAUCGCAUAUAAAAGUCCAGCCAAGUGAAUAAUGAAAACAAAAACGCAACACACUGGGAAUCGUCGUGGCUCAUGUCGAAAAUCACAACGGCGGUAUCAAGUAACAAUGCGUCAUCUUCAUCCACAGACGCCCACAGCCCUCCCAAAAGCCCUACAGCUUCUGGGCAAAUUUAUCAUAGUACAUUCGAUUUAAGCAACGGUCUUGAAGCACUCGUCGAUCUGCUUCUUGUAGAACUCGCGGAUGACGCGGCGGUUGAGCUUCUGGGUGGCGGUGACAAGGCCCUGUAAGACGAGAGUGGUUAGUAUUGACAUCUUUGGUGCGGGAUAGGGAAGAAGAACUUACAGUAGGAGGUGUCCACUCUUCCUCAGUGAUGACAACGCCGGCAACAGUCUCCAUGCUGACGAGUCCAGCGGCGCGGGCAGUGUUCUGGAGGUCCUUGAGGACGGCAGCCUUGACCUUGGCGUCGGUGUGCAUGCUGUGCUCAUCAACACCGAGCUCCUUGGCUCUCUCGAUGAGGACCUUCUCGUUGGGCAUGAUGACAGCAAUGGGGCGGCUGUGCUCAGAGUCGGCGUGGACCAUGACGUUGGCGACGGUGGGGGCGCCACGGUAGACGGACUCGAGCUUCUCGAGGGCAAUGUACUCACCACCCUGCAUCUUGACGAGGUUCUUGACACGGUCAAUGACCUUCAAGUGACCGUUGGCGUCGAACUCGCCAAUGUCACCAGUCUUGAACCAGCCGUCGGGGGUAAGGGCCUUGGCGGUCUCUUCGGGGUUGUUGAAGUACUCCUUCAUGAUGGGGGCACCCUUGAGGAGAAUCUCACCCUGGGGAACCUUGGCGUCGGUAGAGUAGCCCAACUCGGGGAUGGAGACGAGCUUGACAUCGAUAGCGGCAGGGAUAGGGCCAAUGGCGUCGGCGGUGUACUCGAGGGGCGAACCGAGAGAGCCGUUGGCGCAAGUCUCGGUCAAACCGUAACCAGUCAACAUGGGAGCCAAGACGAUGGAAACAAAGUGCUUGGUGCUGGAGGCGAUACCACUGGCACCGUUCAUGGUGAAUCGAAGGCGACCACCAGUCAGCUCACGGACCUUGCUGAAGACGAUGCCGUCGAAAAGGCUGGCGCCGGGAAGCUUGUUCUUGGUCAUCCAGGUCUUGUAGCUGAAGGCACCCCAGAAGAGGUUCUUGAGAAGAGGGCUAGAGCUGUCAAGCUUGGCCAUGACGCCUUUGCGGAUGGUCUCCCAGAUCUGAGGGACACCAACCAUGACCGUGGGUCUCAGCUCACGCAUGUCACCAGCGCAGUUCUUGACGGAGGAGUCGGCGAGCGUACGGGGGUUACCGUAGCCGAGAGUGCCACCAAUGUAGAGGACGAGGUUCUCGAGGGCCAUUUCGAGAAUGUGGGCCAAGGGAAGGUAGGCAAGAAUGACUUCCUUGUCGCUGACACAUUCCUCAACGCAGGUGUAAAGACCAGUAACUAGCGAAAAGAGUUAGCAACAUUGUCUCGAACAGUGAAAGGCGCCGCAGAUAGUUUGUGUCAGCUAUUUACUUACCACCAGCAACGAGAGACUCGUGAGUAAUGCAGGCGCCCUUGGGGAGACCAGUGGAACCGGAGGUGUACAUGAUGCAGAAGAGGUCCUCAGCCUUGGCAGGGCUAGGCUCGACCAUGUUCUGCUUGCCGAGCUCGCAAAGCUCGUCGUAGGUGAUGACUUUGAGGUCGGGGUUGGCGGUCUUGAAGGCCUCAAGCUCGUCGCCAGCGGCGAAGACACAUUCUUGGUUGACAAUAACAGUCUUGACCUUGGACUUCUUGAUGGGGCCGCUGGCAGUCUUGAGCAGGUGAGGGUCAACGUACAUGGCGCUGGCGCCAGUUUCGAGAAGGGUGUGCUCGAGGCCGCUAGCGCCAAGAGUGUCGUAGGCAGUGACGAUGGAGAUGGCUUGCGAGGCGCAGCCGUGGGACAUGGACAUCCAGUUCAAGCUGUUUGGAAAACCGUCCUGUUAGCAGAGGGUCGCGGCGGGAAGCUGGUGGCGUCAUGGGCGCACGCGGAGUUUGCGGGCUUACCUGGUGGUACCAAAGAGAUGGAGCUUGUGCUCGGAGUCGAGGCCAAGCUUGCGCAGACCAGCACCAAUCUGGAGGACGCGCUCCUCAUACUGCUUGUAGGUGAGGAAUUCGAACUUGGUGAGCUCAAAGAACUGCCACUCCUUGUCGACCUCGACAACCUGGCCGUCAACGUUCUUCUUGACCUUUUUUGUUUCCUUGUGCAGCUUGACGAGCUUGCGGCCACCGAGGGCGUUGUGGUUGGGGUAGACGCGGGCGCUGCGACGGAUGAUGUCGAAGACGGUGUGAAUCUCCUCUGAGGGACGGUUGAGCAGGCCGUUCUUGGCGCGAGGAUGACGGCGAGGGAUGGUCUCGCCAGCAACCUUUUCGUAGCCAGGCGCCUCAAUGCUGUAGGGCGGCUUGUGGACGGGGUUAAGGGGCAUGAUGCCCACUGUGUAGUCGGUCAUGAUGGCGGUAGGUGGUGUAAGAGGAACGAAGGGAGAAUUAGAGAUUAAAAGGCUGAUGCGGUGGAUGGAUGGGGAAGAAGAGAAGAAAAGAGAUAAGUGGAAGAGCACAAGAUGGAAAAGCACGGCGCAGCUGGGUGGCAGGAGAUUGGGGUGAGUGGGUGCUGGUGAUGUAAUAAAAAGAAGAGGAGCAGAACAGGGACACGGGAGAAUUUCACGGGCGAGCCGUGCCCCAGACAAGGCCAGACGCCGAGGAGGAGGAGGAGGAGGCCCAGUGGGUGGCUGGCCCCAGCUGCAGGUGCUGCUACAGUGGCCGCUGCUCUUUUUUUUUGUGCCGCGGCGUUGCCCAGCAAGCCAAAAUGCAACCCAAAAUAUGGGGCGGG